AUGGCACCAAAGCGAAAGACGGCUGUCGUGGAAAUGGUCGCCGUUGACGUUGAGGCGGCGACGUUGUCGCGCCGCAAGCUCCCGCGUCGAUCUACCCAGCAAGUAAAGGAGGAAUCCAUCGAGCCUUUACCGGAGAUUAAAUCAGAAGUCAAGAUUGUCGAGAAGCGCACGAGAACACGCACCACAUCAAAGCCACAAGCGAAGCCAGAAGCGAGGCCACAAGCAAAGACGCAAACCCCAGACGUCAAAGUAGAGGACGACGAGGCAGAAAACGACGAUGAAGCCGUCGCCGUUGAGAGAGGCGCCAGACGCGCUCCGCCCGUCAACAGCGACAUUUUGCCACUGCCAUGGUCCGGACGGUUAGGCUAUGCUUGUUUGAAUACAUAUCUCCGAACAGCCAAUCCACCAGUCUUUUCAUCACGAACAUGUCGCAUAGCAUCGAUCCUAGAACAUCGGCAUCCGCUCCUCGACCCGUCACAGCCAGAGCACCCCACCAAGAACAGGCCCGACAAGUCGAAGCCGGCCGACGUCUCGCGCGGCCUCGCGUUUGUGCAGGAUCUGGGACUCGCCAACGCCCGCGACAUUGCCAAGAUGCUGCGCUGGAACGACAAGUACGGCAUCAAGUUUCUGCGCCUGAGCAGCGAAAUGUUUCCGUUUGCGAGCCACGCCGAGUACGGGUACAAGCUGGCGCCCUUUGCGGCCGACGCGCUCGCCGAGGCAGGCCGGGUGGCGGCGGAGCUAGGACACCGUCUGACGACGCACCCGGGCCAGUUUACGCAGCUAGGAAGCCCACGGAAAGAAGUCGUCGAUGCGUCGUUUCGCGACCUCGAAUACCACGACGAGCUGUUGUCUCUGCUCAAGCUGCCACCGCAGCUGGACCGCGACGCGGUCAUGAUUCUACACAUGGGCGGCAUCUUUGGCGACAAGCAGGCCACCCUGGACCGCUUCCGCGAAAACUACAAGAAGCUGCCGCGAGGUGUCCAGAACCGUCUGGUGCUUGAAAACGACGACGUGGGGUGGAGCGUGCACGACCUGCUGCCCGUCUGCGAGGAGCUCAACAUUCCGCUCGUGCUCGACUACCACCACCACAACAUCAUUUUUGACGACGCGAGCCUCCGCGAAGGCACGCGCGACAUCAUCGACCUGUACCCGCGCAUCACGGCGACGUGGACGCGAAAGAGCAUCAAGCAAAAGAUGCACUACAGCGAGCCGACGGCCGCCGCCGUCACGCCGCGCGAGCGCCGCAAGCACUCGGCGCGCGUCAAGGUGCUGCCGCCGUGCGCGCGCGACAUGGACCUCAUGAUUGAGGCCAAGGACAAGGAGCAGGCUGUAUUUGAGCUCAUGCGCACGUACAAGCUGCCGGGGUGGGACCUGGCGAAUGACGUGGUUCCGUAUGAGCGCGACGACGACGAGCCGCGGGCUGCGAAAAAGGCGGCGGCGAGAAAGGCAAAGAGGGAGAUGAAUGGGGAUGGCGGAGAUGUGGAGGAGGAGGUCGUUGUGAGCGCAGAGGAUUUUGGCAUGGGAGGGCCUGAGAAUCGCGUGUACUGGCCGGAGGGGAUGGAGGAGUGGCUGAAGCCGGUGAAGAGGGGCAGCAAGAAAGAGGCAAAGGCGGAGGAGAAGUCGGAUGUGGAAGAAGAUGAAUCUAACUAA